AUGGCUGGGAAGAUGCUGACGAAGAGCAACACUGGGGGCGUUGAAAUCAUCUCGCCCCCCAUAGCGGCGUCAAGCAACUGGCAACGCACGAUUCAUAGGGUUUUCCGGGCCGUUUGUGAACAGUUCGACCUCUGGACCAACGACCUUUGCGCCUGCCACGUUCAUGUUUCGCUUGGGCCGGACCCAAAAGGCGAGUUCGGUAGAAAAGACCUCGUCAAAUUCGGGAAGGGUACCUACUUCUGGGAAGAGGCGUUGAAGGGGCUGCUACCCUAUGCACGUCAUGAGAACCGAUAUGCCGUGGCCAACCACCUCCGUUACGGGGAGAAGCAGUAUAAAAACGUCCCGACCAAGGGCUGGGAGCCCGUCUUCAACCUCAUCACCGCGCCCAUGGAAGCGGACGUGAGAAAGCACAAGGACAACUUCAUCAACGCGUUGAAUGGAGGUACCACCGGCGCCGCCGUCAAGUAUAUGUCGACCAAUUUCCAGGCCUAUCUCAGAAUCAAGACGGUCGAGCUUCGUCGGCAAGCCGGAGCCGCCUCCGCCACGACUACCAUCUUCCGCGCGUUACUCGCCGUCACCUUCAACAUCAGCGCGUUGGAAUACCGCUUUCCCAGCGCGUCCAAAGAAUACCCAUCCACGCAAACACUGAUAGCGGAGCUUGUGCGCUGCAUGCACACUCUCCCGCAAGAGUCUCAUCAUCCUAAUUUCGAAGCGUGGCUGAAGCAGUGCGCCACCACAUACGCGAGGGAGUCCAAGUCCCGCACCGCGUACACGGUAGGACAGACUAACACGCGCGAGAUGGACCUUCGGAUCCGCGAAGGAUCGGAACAUGCGCUAGCCCCCGCGGCGUCUUCAUCGGCGGCACCCGCGGCGGCCCAGGCUGCCCCUAAAAAGACCGGAAAGGCCGCGGCUUCGUCUGCUGCCCCCGCAGCUGCGGCACAACCGUCCACAUCCACAUUGCCAGUCCGGACGGUGGGCAGUGGUGGAGUGAGCUACUCACGGCAAUACACGUUGGAUGACGUUAACUUUUCAAAUAACCGUUGA